AUGUUAUUCAAUUAUUCGGGAGCACUCACCAAACAUCGCUUCCUCACUAUAGCCGGCUUGGUCGUUCUUUUACUCCUGUCACUGUGGACAUUUAAACGAUCCGGCAAUGUACCACAGUUAUCCGUUCCCGAGCAGUCGAUUGAUAGUCCUUCCUCCGAUACACAAUAUGCCACCGCCUCCAAGAUCGCCGAGUAUAUGCGCGCCCAUCCCUUGGACCCUUCCCGAUUUGGGGAAAUGGGAAAGAGAAUGCAGACUCUGAAAGACUGGAUCAAUCAUGUGGAGACGGUGACACUUUCCCGGCAGGAUCAGGAUAAGUGGUCUGAGAUGAUUGAGAAUGUGGCCAUAACACUGGUACCUUUCAUCAAAGAGCCCGGCAGUCACAGCAAUAAAUCGCUAGAGCAGCUACGUGGUAGAUUUGUUCGCGGUUCUGAAGGGCUUGUGAUAACCACGGGCAAGAAGCGCUUCCGUUAUGCAUGCCAUCUCAUUCUGAGUCUGCGUCACGUUUUAAAGUCAGAAUUGCCAAUACAGAUUGCCUACGCCGGAGAAAAUGACUUGCCAAAGGCCUACAGGGAUUUCAUUGUUGGGAUUGCGCCGGGCAUAACAACUUUCGAUGUGACAACUGUCUUCGAGGACCAAACAUUAAAUCUACCCAACGGAGGAUGGGCAAUCAAAGCCUUUGCGAUCCUUGGGAGUACCUUUGAGCAGGUGAUGCUGCUUGAUGCAGACGAUGUGUUUCUGCAACCACCAGAUGUCAUCUUUGCAGAGCACCCUGAUUACCUGAAAACCGGUACUUUGCUUUUCCACGAUCGCCUGCUUUGGCAAGGUGCAUUUAAGGAGCGACAUGCCUGGUGGGAGAAGGAAUUGGAGAAUACCACGCUCAGUGAUACCAUUAAGCAAUCCAAAGUCUUUAUGGAGGGCUAUGCCGAAGAAGGAGACUCCGGGGUUGUGGUGGCCGACAAGUCUCGUCUGGACGUCUUCAUUGGUCUCCUUCACAUUGGAUGGCAGAACACGAGGGAUGUCCGUGAAGCAUAUACAUAUAGGCAGGGCCAUGGCGACAAAGAAAGCUGGUGGUUUGGCUUUGAACUCACAGAAACUCCUUACUCGAUGGAACCACAUUAUGCAGCCAUUACUGGGCACGCGAAAAUCGGCCAGGAUGGGAACAGAGAAGACAGAGUAUGCAGCUUUACUAUUGCCCACGUCGACCACAAAGCCCGGCUAUUAUGGUUCAAUGGUAGCUUUUUGAAGAAUAAGGAAAUCGAUUCGGUGGAUUUUGACGUUCCAACCGAAUGGAUGAUCGAUGGGACUUGGGAGAAGGGUGCUACCAAGCAAGAUAUGAGUUGUAUGAGUGGAGCAGAGGUACAGUCAAUAGACCAGACUAUCGUCCAAUUACUCCAGGAUUCCGUCGAACUAGCAAAGCAAACAGACGACCAACUCCGCGCACAGAUCCCUGAGUCGGUGCCCUGA